AUGACGAUGAAGAGACUGUUACUACUUCUAAAACCCUCUGUUGUAUCAGCGCAACCUUCCCACACUGACCCUCUGGUCUUAGAGUUUUUGAAUAAUAGGCAUAAGGUGCACAGUGAAUCAGUUAACUUUUGUCAAGAAAUUCUGCGGAAAAAGGCAGUUGAAUGGAAAGCAGUGCUUGGAAACAAUUUGACACAGCCCAUCAAUGAUGUAGACCUGGUUGUUGCAAUUGGUGGCGAUGGAACUCUUCUGAUGGCCAGCCAUUUAAUGGACGACAAAAUUCCUGUUCUUGGAGUGAACUCAGAUCCUACUCCGAUUGAUGAGGUGGAAAAAUUCAGUGGUGAGUUUGAUGCUUCCAGAAGCACUGGUCAUUUUUGUGCUGCAACUGUUGAAAACUUUGAACAAGUUCUAGAUGGUAUACUCGAAAAUCGAAUUGCUCCUUCCAAGUUAACAAGGAUCAAGAUAUCUGUAAAUGCACUAGACCUUCCAACUUAUGCUCUCAAUGAUAUCUUAGUUGCAAAUCCAUGUCCUGCUGCAAUCUCUAGAUUUUCCUUCAGAAUUACAAAGGAAAAUCAACCAUUUUCGCCACUAGUUAACUGUAGAUCAAGUGGUCUAAGGGUUUCAACAGCUGCUGGUUCAACGGCUGCAAUGCAUUCGGCAGGUGGAUUUUCGAUGCCCAUUUUAUCUCGGGGUCUUCAGUACAUGGUAAGGGAACCUAUCUCGCCUGGGGCAGUGUCUGACUCUAUGCAUGGAUUCAUUAAACAGGACGAAACAAUGAACAGUACAUGGGCUUGUAGAGAAGGUGUGAUAUAUAUUGAUGGUUCUCAUAUCAACUAUGCCAUUAAAGAUGGGGACCUCAUUCAGAUUUCUCCCAAGGCACCUAGUCUGAAAGUUUUCUUGCCUGAUCACUUGAUACGUUUAGAGAUAGAGAGAGAAUGA